CUCACAAUGUCGAAGUUAAUAUUACUGCUGUGUGUUACUGGCUUUUUAUUUCAAAUAACUGCAGCAGAUACUUCGGAAAGCAAUGAUUCCGUAAGCGAUCAAUCAUCACUGGAAAGUGACGAGGAUUGCUAUUAUGAAGUGCCGGAACCUCAAUGCCCGGAGAACGAACAAUUCUCCCAAUGCCCGUUCAGUACAUGUCGGCCUCAAACCUGCCAAGAGGCAGGAUUCCCAGUGCCAUGCCCCAUAAUGGGCCCUGAUGGUCAGUGCCCUGGAGAACCAGGGUGCAUCUGUGUUAGCGGGUAUUUAAGAAACGACGAAGGCGUUUGCAUCCCUGAGAAGCAAUGUCCAUCUUGUGGGGGCGACAAAAACGCAGUCCGAGGCUGUGGAGUCCACUGUCGCAACACCUGCGCCACUUAUAAAGCUUCAAAAAAAUUGCCGUGUCCACUGUUCUGUAACCUGAACGGCUGUGAUUGCAGACAAGGAUUCGUAUUCGACGGAAACUUGAAGAGAUGUGUGAGACCUCAGGAUUGCACACCAACUUGUCAAGUGAACGAAGUGUUUGAGUCAUGUUCCAAUGUCGUAUGCCGUACUCAGAAUUGUGCUGAUAAAGGCAAGAAUAUACGAUGCAGAGGAAUAACCGAUAGACGCUGUGACCCCAAAUGUCUUUGCCGGGAAAACUAUAUGAGGAAUAAGAAUGGAAAAUGUAUACCCGAAGACCAGUGUGAACCGGCAUCUAACACAACCACACAAGGACCUGAUUCACCGUCAUCAACAAACACAAGUACGAGCACAUGUACCGAUGCCGCCACUCAGGAGGCAAAUUUGGAACGAGGAAACACCAUCUUUACGGGAAAAGUCUUCUAUCAAGUUGUGAAGAACAAUCCAGAAAAAAGCGUAAUAGUGUCACCAUUAUCGGUACUUCCACCCUUGGGUAUACUCGCUUUGAGUUCCAGAGGCCAAACGAACCAAGAAUUGCUGAAUGCACUUAACCUCAAAACUAACGACGAUGUAAGAUGUGCUUUCCCCGGUCAUCUACGUCAGAUAACAGCAACGAACGGAACGGAAUUAGACUACGGUGCCAAAAUUUACGUCUACGAACAAGGCAAACUCAACCAAACUGUGCAAAAUGACGCGAAAAACGUAUUUAAUGCGUCAGUAGAGAGUCUGGAUUUCACUAAUGCUAAUAACGCCAGUGAUGUCAUCAACAAUUGGGUUUCAGAUGUUACAAAGGGAAAGAUUACUAAACUUACAUCGCCGGAUAUGUUUGAUGCUAUGACACGAUUGGUCAUAGCCGAUGCCAUUUAUUUCAAGGGCCUUUGGAAAUAUGAAUUCAACAUAAAUAAUACAAAACCCAGAGAUUUCCAUGUUAACAGUAAUAAAACUAUACAAGUGCCAACCAUGCAACAGAAAGGGAAAUUCCAAUAUGCCGAGUUAUCAGAUCUUAACGUCCAGGUUGUAGAACUGCCAUACAAAGAUGAAGAUAUAACAUUUUUGGUAGUUUUGCCAAGGGAAACUGAUGGGCUAUUAUCAGUUGCGGAGAAACUCCAAGAUCCAACAGUAAUAGACAAAAUUUACGGUAGUCUGUCUGAACAAACAGUGACUAUUUUCUUGCCUAGAAUACCAGAAGUAUCAACGAGGACGAAUUUGAUUGAUGUCUUGAGAUCGAUUGGUAUAACAUCAGUCUUCGAUUCCGCCAAAUCUGAGCUGAGUGGCAUGACCGUACCCGAUGAGGCUCUUUACGUGUCUGAUGCUGUCCAGGAAGCAACCAUCACUGUAAAUGAGGAGGGAGCUGAAGCCGCCGCUGCGAAUGCAGUUGUUAUAGUAUCAAGAAACAUGCCGUUGCCUCCACCAGUUGAAUUCAAAUUAAUCGCCGACCAUCCAUUUAUAUUCCUAAUAAGAGUCAGAAAUUUGAUAAUAUUCAUAGGGACUUUUGCGAAUAAGCUUUCGGUGUGACGGCUUUGUCGGCUACCAUCGGGGGACCUAAAGAAUACUAUUUCAACGCCGAUCAUCCUUACGCUAUUUACAUUAAUAUUCGUCGCCGUAUAACACUGUUU